AUGUCUUUCCUAGGACUCGGUAAUGCGCAACCACAACUAACCUCUGAACAAAAGAUCAGUGCUGCUGAGACUGAACUUGAUUUAGUCACCGAUAUGUUCAACAAACUUGUUGAUAACUGUUACAAGAAAUGUAUUAACACUCAAUACACAGAAGGUGAAUUAAACAAGAACGAAUCUGCUUGUUUAGACAGAUGUGUCGCUAAAUACUUUGAGACUAACGUCAAAGUAGGUGAGAAUAUGCAACAACUGGGUCAAACUUUCACUAACGCUGGUAAAUUCUAA